AUGAUCAUCAUGAUCCUCAUCAUUCAUGGGCCCCCCUCCCUUUCUCCCGGCCCCCUAGCUCUCACGCGCUCGCACAUGUUGGCUGCGAAGAAUGGCCGGCCACGAUGGUGCCACGGCUGUCAAGCGCUACAAGUCUUGCAUACUUCCAUGGCAGCUCCCCGCCAUUCCGGCGAACAGAAAUCGGGACCCUGCCCAAACGCCGAGCUUCCCUCUGCCGCCUUGACGUCGGUGCGGAAGAGAAAGAGGGGUAGAACAGCUGACUGGGGUGACAAGAUUUCGCUGCAACGAGUCCCGAGGCUCACGAUUUCUUCACCGCGUCUAUUCUUCAUUUUCGCUCGUCUACGAUGCAUUGCGUCUAUUGACUAUACUGUAUACAUACCCGCCCUACCUAGAACCGGGGAUCCCAACUUCUGCCGCUCUAGUGCCAUAGUACGCGCGAACUUCCUCAUCAGCCACUGCAAAAUAAACCUUGUCCUUCAUCUCAACCACAUCUGCACCUUCUCGUCGCCUUCUGCCGCAGCCGACAAACGGAAAGAAAUAAUCCUAAUCGUAAUCAUGGUUGCAGCUACUAAUGCAGCCAACUCGCCUCCCACCAACCUGGUACAAAUGGAUCCCAUAUGCGCUGCCAAGAUGCGUUCCAGCAAUCCCCACAAGUUCCCCAUACCAUGUCCACGCACUAAUGCCUCCGAGGAAGAUCUCCCUCCUUUCCCAGAAGCAGAAGUAUCCCAUCUGACCUUGGAUAACAAACCGGGCGCAAAGAUUCACUACACAUACUAUCCAGCCUCAACCUCACAACCCUCACAUCCCAACCCCUUUUCUCAAACCCUCAUCGUCUUCCUCAAUGGCAUGCCCACGCGCGAGUCCUGGGACCCGACCAUUCGAAGCUUUCUUGAAAAACGUAUAGUAGGCCGACUGCCCUACCCAGCCAUUGUAUCCUACGACCGUUAUGGACAAGGUAAAAGCGACCGCGAUCCAGACGACAAGGAACCUCCUCCCUCACAUGGCCAUGAUGUCGUCUCCGCCGUCAAGGCGCUCAAGCAAUUCACCGUCCAAAUCUGGCGCGACCACCUCGACCACGCCAAACCCACGCAUUACCCCUGUCUCAUCUUCGUCUGCAACAGCAUCGGCUGCGCCAUUGCUCGUAUCUUUACACAAAUGUACCCAGGCACUGUCUCUGGCCUCUUGUUUCUCGACAGCAUCAUGGCCAAUUCAGACUCGUUGUCCCUAUGGCCCGAUCCCGAUGCUCCUGAUUUCAACAAACACACACUACCCGAUGGUGUGAGCGAAGCCGAAGUACGUGAGACGAGGAGAAGAUAUGCGAGUAUGUUUGGACCCGAGGUGCCCAGCAUGGAGGGUUUGAGCCGGAGGAAUCUAGCCCAAUUGCUGCCGGCGUCUGAUGCGCCGAGGCUAGAAGGCUAUCUGGGGAAAGGCCCGUAUUUGACGGUCGUAGGACAUGAUUGGGAUACUUUCGCCGAGCAGAGUUACCAAAGCUCUCUCCGCAUCCCCAAAAUCCUAACCAUGACCUAUGCCAACACCGCCUGGCGCCGCUACAACGAAGGCCUCGUCGACAUUACCGAUGAAGGUCGCGCCAUUGGUCCCAUUACCGCCGUGCACUGUGGCCAUUUCAUUCAAGAGGACGAUCCGCGCUUUGUUAGCGAUGAGAUGGUCAGUUUGCUGGACCGCGUGGUCAAUCGCGUAGAGCAGGUCAGUGAGCGGGAUUAG